AUGCCAAGCUCACGUCACCAAGAAGUCAGGCCAAUACACGGUGCCUUGGCUAGUGGGAUGCGGAAUUUGCUUAGCAGUGGAGCAUCUGUUAGGUCUGCACGCGGCAACCGUCGGGUCUCACACACAGCGUCCACAAGAGGGCCUCCACAGCAGACCGGCCUCAACAGCAUGAGCAACGCUAACUCAACUCACCAGACAGCUCGGCCUGUCGCGGAUGAGCAGAGAGGUGGUGAGGCAGGCGGGUCUUUGGCCUCUGCUGAUGCACCAAACUCCUUCUGGAGACACCAAAGUCAAGAGACACUCUUCCGCCCACCCAAGGUUCCAUUCCCUCCCCCCAGCACCGUUACUGUGGGCGCUGUUUGGUCCUGGCAAAUGGGGGAGGGUCUGUGGAUCCCCUUUGAUUUGCAAGUCCUGCAACUUCUGGAGAGCCUAUGGCUGCACUUACAGGACGAACAGCAGCAGGAUGAGCUACCAGGCACACUCCAGGCGUCUCUGGAGAGAACACAGGAUCCACAGCAGCACCAGGAGCAACAGCAGGAACGAGAGCAACCUCAGGAGGGGGAGCAGGGACAAGAUAUCGCUCAGGACCGAAGAGGCGAUGAUGAACAGGAAGCGGAAUACCCGACGGGAGAGACAGCCCCACAAGCUCUUGCCCGAUACAAGCUGUACGUACACCUUGUGCCGUGGAAUUAUUGCCUUGACCUGCACACGGUGACACAGAAGAACCUAUCGACCCACAGAGUACGGCCUAUCCGCAGGACGUUCGAAACGGUGGGCUUGUGGUUUGCCCGUGGCCCAGAUGGAUACGCAGAGAGGUUUGCGCCAGAGUUGGAGGUCCACUUGGAAAACCUCUGGCAAGAGUCGCGGGAUGGAAGGAGGUCUCCCGGGCCACUGGUUAUUGCCUGGCAAGAUCCUAGAACGGACAGUGUACACUACACGGACAUCAUGCGCAUGGAGCUCGUCUGCGUGCCCCAGAACGGUUCACUAACAACUAUUGACUGUACCGCAGCGGAGGAUUCCGUUCCUACCUUGCCUUCUCUUGAGGUAGGUAGCGAAGAGUCAGGAGAGGCUUUCUGUAGGGGGCACAAGGAGUGGUUUGGUCCAGAUGAUUUCCGGGCCGCUCUCAAUGCUGUACGCGCAGACGAAAUGCCCGAAGAUGUUUGCGCCAUCUGCCUCGAGACAUUUGUGAAUGGAGACGGCGGAGACUCGGAGGGGCUUGAGCAGGAGUUACAGCAAAACGCCGACGCAAAUGCCCACAGCAGAAGCAUCACCAGGAGCGUCAGCAGAAAUGUAAUCAACAACAGCAACGGGUACAGCAGUCAUAGUAACAGCAGCAGCGGUAAAACAAGCAGCGGCAGCGGUGCCAGCAGCGGCAGCGGUGCCAGCAGCGGCGGCAGCAGCAACGUCGGAGGCGGUAGUAGCAGCAGCGAGGGCUUUAACAUACAGAGACGCUCGUUUAGUGCCUGUACCUCAGAAGGCUGCAGCGAAAUUGUGCCGUCUGAGGUCGUCGACUGCGAAGACAACAGCCCCUCAAAGUCAAACUUGAUAGACAACAGCAGCAGUAGCAACCAUGAAGUUUGCAGUAGCCGCGCUUGUCGCUAUUCAUUUCUGUGUGUCAUCGCAGGGAAGAUGUCUUGGAGGAUCUCCCGGCACUCUUUGCUAGCGGGACACCCGACAGAAGGAACCAUCAUUAUAGACUACGUGGUUGAGGGGGGCAUUCAGACGGAGAGGCAUGCCCAUCCCAACACUCCAUUCACAGGCACUCGACGACAGGCGUUCUUGCCGGACUGUUUGCUAGGCCGGCAACUGUUGCGAUUGCUUAUACGCGCGUUUGUUAAGGGCCACACGUUCACUGUGGGGAACAGCGUGACUUCGGGACAAUCCAACGUUGUGAUCUGGAACGGAAUUCACCACAAGACAAGCGUUUCUGGAGGGCUGUUGUGCUAUGGUUACCCUGAUGACACUUUUUUGCUGCGACUCGCUGAAGAGCUCAGGGAGCGAGGGUUCCCCCUAGAGCAACCGCAGGAAGGCGCCGCACAACUGGAGAGGACAAGGGGCCUGGAAUAG